UCGUAAAGCAUGCUUUGCAGUGCAAGUCUGCACGAAUGAUAGUGCAGUUUCCUCCUGUUAGCUAGCUAAUGUCUGUUGUCUGUAGCCAUUAAACUGCUGAAUCAGAGCUCACAGUGACUAAUCUCCAUUGCUCAAUACCAAGAUCUUCAUCCAUAUAAGGAAAUCUAACCCCCGCAGCAGCUCAGAUAACCAUCAUUGUGACUUGCAGAAUAUAUUUAAUAGUUGACCUUGUGAUCGUGAGAAGGGAUCAGUGUUGCAAGUAUAUUAAUGUCUGUGGAACCUCCUACAAAGAAAGCACGUCUGGCAAGCAACAACAACAACACACACGAGGGUGACCAAGCGACUAACGGAUCCUCCAUGGCUGAACCUACCACUGAGAUCGAUGAGGGGCUCUACUCAAGACAACUAUACGUGCUUGGCCAUGAUGCAAUGCGUAAGAUGGGAGCAGCCAAUGUGCUCAUCUCUGGGAUGAAGGGACUGGGCAUUGAAAUUGCUAAGAAUCUGGUGCUCGCUGGAGUCAAGUCUGUGACUAUCCACGACCCUGAUAGCAUCACCAUGGGUUACCUAUCAUCACAGUUUUUCUUCCGAGCGGCUGAUGUUGGCAAGAACUGUGCGGAGGUGAGUCGGGAGAGACUGGCUGAACUCAACUCUUACGUCAGAGUGGAGGUAUUGGCUGGGGAACUCAGUGAAGAAGCCGUCAGUAAAUAUCAGGUGGUGGUGUUGACACAGUCUCCACUGGACGAGCAGAGGAGUGUGGGCGACUACUGCCACACCCAGAACAUCAGGUUCAUUGUCGCCGACACAAGAGGACUCUUCGGACAAGUGUUCUGUGAUUUUGGUGAGAAUUUCACUGUCUUUGAUAUGACUGGAGAGCAGCCAAUCAGUGUCAUCAUCUCGUCUGUUACCAAGGAAACCAAGAGCGUGGUUACAUGCUCUGACGAGACACGACAUAACUUUGAGUCUGGUGACUACGUAACAUUUGCGGAAGUGCAGGGCAUGACAGAGCUGAAUGGUUGCGAGCCUAAACCAGUGACUGUGCUAGGGCCGUACACGUUCAGUGUUGGUGACACGUCAGGAUACUCUGAGUAUACUAGAGGCGGGAUUGUGACGCAAGUCAAGCAGCCAACUGUCAUCUCAUUUAAAUCGUUCAGUUCUUCUCUGACUGAGCCUGAAUUUAUUGUGUCCGAUUUUGCCAAAUGGGAUCGGCCGGCACAGCUCCAUCUAGCCUAUCAGUCAUUGGACGCCUUUGUAAAGAGGGAGGGGCAACUGCCACGCCCCUACAACAAGGAGGACGGGCUCAAGUUAGUCGAACUGGCCAAGAAAAUCAACUCUGAGGCAACCAAUAAGGUGGACGAGAUAGACGAGCAUCUGCUAGCCAAGUUCUCCUACCUAGCUAGAGGUGACGUCUCUCCCAUGCAAGCCGUCAUUGGCUCCAUCACAGCUCAAGAAAUCGUCAAAGCUUGCAGCGGCAAAUUCAACCCUAUUCGACAAUGGUUCUAUUUCGAUGCUCUCGAGUGUUUGCCAGAGGACUUCCAUGAGUUGCCGGAGGAGGCAGUGAAGGCUACUGACAGCCGCUAUGACGGACAAGUGGCAGUUUUUGGAGUGGACUUUCAGAAGAGGCUAGAACACCUCAAGUAUUUUGUGGUUGGAGCUGGUGCUAUCGGUUGUGAGAUACUCAAGAACUUUGCGAUGAUGGGAAUAGGGGCGUGUCCAGAGGGUGUGAUCUACGUGACGGAUAUGGACAUCAUCGAGAAAAGCAACCUCAACAGACAAUUUCUCUUUCGGCCAUGGCAUAUUCAGAAACCCAAGUCUACGACAGCUAUAGAGUCGGUGAAGGAAAUGAACCCUGCACUCAACGCUGUAGCACACGAGAACAGGGUGGGGCCAGAAUCAGAGGGUGUAUAUGACGACAAGUUCUUCGAGGCUCUGGACGGAGUCGCAAAUGCUCUAGACAAUGUGGAUGCCAGACUGUACAUGGAUCGUCGGUGUGUUUACUACCGCAAGUCUCUACUAGAGUCAGGCACCCUGGGUACAAAGGGAAACGUCCAAGUGGUCAUACCUCAUCUCACAGAAAGCUACGGAUCGUCCCAAGAUCCUCCCGAUAAAGAGACACCGAUGUGUACACUCAAGAACUUCCCCAAUCAGAUUGCUCACACUCUGCAGUGGGCACGUAGCGAAUUCGAAGGCUUGUUCGUACAGCCUGGGGCUAAUGUAAACGAGUAUCUGAGUGACCCCGAGUUUGUGGCAAGGAUUAUUAAACAGCAAGGACAGACUCCGUUCCAGAUCUUUGGCAUCAUCAAGAAAUCCACGGUGGAUGAUCUGCCCUCCAGUUUUGAUGACUGUAUUGUGUGGGCGAGAAACCUCUUCUCUGAAUAUUUUGAGAGGACGAUCGCUCAGCUCCUGCAUGUCUUCCCACCAAAUCAUAACACUACCACUGGUCAGCCAUUUUGGUCCGGCCCUAAGCGGUGCCCCAAGGUGAUAAACUUUGACCUCAAGGAGAGCCUCCAUGUUGACUUUGUGCAGUCAGCCGCUCUCCUCUUUGCUGAAACUUACUGUAUCACUGAUGUGAAGGACCGGGCGUACAUUGCUGAGAAGGCAGCUAGUGUGACGGUGGAGUCAUUUGUGCCCAAGAACAUAAAGAUACACACGACAGAUGCAGAGGCCAGAGCUGACGAACAAAUCACCACCAGUGAGGAGGAGUUGGAGACCAUCGUCCAAUCACUGCCCAGCGUUGCUUCUCUGGGUAGUUUCAAAAUGGCCCCUCUGGACUUCGAGAAAGAUGAUGAUUCUAACCAUCACAUGGACUUCAUAGUGGCAGCCUCCAACCUCCGGGCCACCAACUAUAGUAUCCCUAUAGCAGACAGGCAUAAGAGCAAGGGGAUAGCAGGCAAGAUCAUUCCCGCCAUUGCCACGACAACCUCGCUAGUGGUCGGGCUGGUGUGCCUGGAAAUGUACAAACUUGUCAUUGGAAACAAAAAGAUUGAAUCCUACAAAAACGGAUUCAUCAAUUUGGCUCUACCUUUCUUUGGUUUUUCUGAGCCUAUUGGAGCUCCUAAAACAAAGUACAACGAUGUGGAGUGGACACUAUGGGAUCGGUUUGAUGUUCCUGGCCUCAAGGAAGACGGCUCUGAAAUGACCCUCAGGGACUUCCUCGAUUAUUUCAAGAAUCAGCACCAGCUUGAUAUUAACAUGCUCUCGUACGACGUCUCCAUCCUUUACUCGUUCUUUAUGGACAAGAAGAAAGUGGCAGCUAGAAUGGCCAUGCCGAUGUCGAGGGUUGCCCAGGAGGCUAGUAAGAAGGGCAUACGUCCAGGUGUUCGUAACCUAGUGCUGGAGAUCUGCUGCACUGAUGCUAACGAUGAAGACGCUGAAGUGCCCUACAUCAACUACAACUUCAAGUGAACACUAGAGAGAGAGCAUUUAGUGAUUGUGACUACAUUAGACUAAAACCCGAGUAUAGUUAUUGCAUUUAUGUGGUAGCAAUUUUAGAAUUGUUAAUUAGAUUGUUAAUCAUUAAUUUCGUUGAUUGGA